GUGAACACCAUCCUCCCCCCUCCUCCCCCCUCCUCCUCCCGCCUGUAAGCCCUUCAGCUCCACCCACACACACACACACACGAGCCUUCUCUCUCCAUCUCUCUGCCGGACGUCGCACCGUCUACCAGACCUUUAAAAAAUAAACCCCAGCUAAAAACUGCCAUCAUGUCCUCAGUGCUGCAGAAGUUGAUCAGCCCUCUGGCCAGCAGCUCUGCUGAGCCUCCCAGGAACAAGGUGACAGUGGUCGGGGUGGGCCAGGUGGGCAUGGCCUGUGCUGUCAGCAUCCUGCUGAGGGACCUGUGUGAUGAGCUGGCUCUGGUUGAUGUGAUGGAGGAUCGUCUCAAAGGAGAGAUGAUGGACCUGCAGCACGGCAGCCUCUUCCUCAAGACCUCCAAGAUCGUGGCCGACAAAGACUACGCCGUGACGGCCAACUCUCGUCUGGUCGUGGUGACGGCCGGCGUUCGGCAACAGGAGGGAGAGAGUCGCCUGAACCUGGUGCAGAGGAACGUCAACGUCUUCAGGUCCAUCAUCCCCCAGAUCAUUAAGCACAGCCCCAACUGCACGCUCAUCGUGGUCUCCAACCCUGUGGACGUGCUGACCUAUGUGACCUGGAAACUGAGCGGCCUGCCCAAGCACCGCGUCAUCGGCAGCGGCACCAACCUGGACUCAGCCCGCUUCCGCUACCUGAUGGCCGAACGCCUUGGCAUCCACGCCAGCUCCUUCAACGGCUGGGUGCUGGGAGAGCACGGAGACACCAGCGUGCCUGUGUGGAGCGGUGCUAACGUGGCAGGAGUCAACCUGCAGAAGCUGAACCCUGAGAUCGGCACUGAUGCCGAUAAAGAGCAGUGGAAGGCCACACACAAGGCGGUGGUGGACAGUGCCUACGAGGUGAUCAAGCUGAAGGGUUACACCAACUGGGCCAUCGGCCUGAGUGUGGCAGAUCUGACCGAGAGCAUCGUCAAGAACAUGAGCCGUGUCCAUCCCGUCUCCACCAUGGUCAAGGACAUGUAUGGUAUCGGUGAAGAGGUCUUCCUGUCUCUGCCCUGCGUGCUGAACAACACCGGCGUGAGCAGCGUGGUCAACAUGACGCUGACAGACGAUGAAGUGGCCCAGCUGAAGAAGAGCGCCGACACACUGUGGGGCAUCCAGAAGGACCUGAAGGAGAUCUGAACACACACACACACACACACACACACACACACACACACACACGCGCAAUACACAGCCAUGAUGCAGAGAGGCCUGUCAACACGCACACACUCCUUUUCUAACAUCUCUUUUCUCUUAGACUGUACCGCUCUUAUUUUGAAGGACAAUACCAGUGUUUUUUUUUAAAUUGGGCCAUAUUUCAAUUUCACACAUACAUCAGUCUGAUUUUUACAUCAGUGCUGCAUUAUGUCACCAUCUACUUCCUGUCAAUCACCUGACGCCUCUAGAAAACUCUGGUAUGCUCCUUUAAAGAAGUGCAUUUUCUCUCUAACAGCUCCAGUUGCUGUGUUAGUGUGUUUCUCUCUGUCACCUGUACUGUCCUGGUACUGUAACCUUUAUAGACUCUUGUGUUUCACCUGUCUGAACCACGAUCAAACACAACACACUCCUCAAAAAGCCAAAAGUGUCACUAAGUGGUCCUCCUCCUCCACCAGUCGUUCAUUUAGCAGAACUGAAUCACUCCGAGACAAACCUUAAAAAUCCUGAAGGCCGCUUUCCUCCUGCCUCCGUCUAAAAGUGGCACUCUGCAGCAGACUGCACAAUUAGGUCAACUCCAUGGAAAUGGUGACGUUGUGAGCGUGAUGGUGGAUUUGUCUUCCUGUCUUAGUUCAUCAGAAUUAGAAAAGAGUGAUGGAGCAGCAGGGAAGAGUGAAAACGUCCGGCUCCAGUUGUUAGUUUUUUAAACAACAGUGGUGACUGUCUGACCUUGUGUUGUAAACCGUGCUGGAAACAGUGACAUGUAACUUAAUAAAGCUGACACUCAUGAAGGAAA